GACACGCACAUGUCCUCAUACUGAAUCGACAAGGACAUGAAGGAUGAAGCACACAAUCUCACACUGGACAAAGUCUAGUACUGCACAAGCGGAUAAUCGUUGUUAAGUGCGCAAGGUUAAAAAAAGAACAUCCACUUUUGUGGACAUUAAGCCAGCUGCCGGGAGACCAAUCUUCAAAAUCGGCAACACGUUGUUUGCAGCUGAUCAUCGGAUGCAAGCUAGGGUACGCACUUAAUUAAGCUUCGGCUGUGAAUCGUUGCAAAAAUUAACCAUGGCUCACAGUGCUCUUCACUACACCGACAAUUUCCCCUACGAGAACUAUGAAGUGCUGGCAAGCUCAAACCGGUCCGUUUGGGACCCGGAGGGCUCGUAUGAGUUCGAGAAGUUCGAGAUGCGGGAAGUGGAUGCCUCCCUGAUGUGGUUCCAGAACAACUGGACCAAGUCCAUCGUGUACAGCGCCUUGUACGCGGUCUUGAUCUACUUCGGCCGAAUUUACAUGGAGAGCCGGCCCCGCUUCAAUCUGCGUCUAUGCCUGGUGAUAUGGUCUUUCUCCCUGGCCGUGUUUAGCUGGAUCGGGGCCAUACGGGUCUGGGUCUACACCAUAGAUUUCGUCAGGACAUAUGGCUGGAAGGCUUCAGUCUGCGAUCCUACCCUCUACAAAGGGGUAGUUGGCUUCUGGUCCUGGCUCUUCGUCCUGAGCAAGCUCCCGGAGUUGGGCGACACUGUCUUCAUCGUCCUUCGGAAGCAGAAGUUGAUCUUUCUUCACUGGUAUCAUCACAUCACAGUGCUCAUCUACUCCUGGUAUACCUAUCCGCAACUGGUGGCCCCGUCACGCUACUUCGUCUUGAUGAACUUCUCCGUGCAUUCCUUGAUGUACACCUACUAUGCCCUGAAGGCAUCCAAAUGGGUCAGCAUCCCUAGUUGGGUCAACAUCGUCAUCACAUCACUGCAGAUAGCGCAGAUGUUCGUCGGAUGCUUCGUCAACGGUUACGCCUACUCCAUCCGGAAUAAUGGUGGUUUCUGCGCUACGACCGAUGCUAAUCUACGAGCAUCAUUCCUGAUGUAUCUGAGUUACUUUGCGCUCUUUGUACAUUUCUUUGUUGAGACUUACGUCUCAAGCAAGAGGAGGCAACGUGACCCUCUGGCGGAGAAAACCCAAGCUCAAAAAUCUCUGCAAGACUCAAAUGAAAAUAUGAAAACAGAAAAGAAAAUCAAUUAAACUGAUCAUUUUAAACCGUCCAUUGACCUACUUUCAUUUUAAGAAGAGGAUAAGCUGUGAAUAUUGAAUGUUCAAAUUUGUUUAUGAUCAGUAUUUGUAGAAUGUUCAGUAAUAAUUGUUAACAUGUAUUUUAUAUGUUACAUAUAGAUCCUGUGCAUAAAGGCAGCCAUCUUUGGGGUUGUUUUUCAGUAACAAACAAGGAAUGGACAAAUUUAUCAUGCACAUAAUAAAGAGUAACACCAAAGAUGGCUGGCAUUCAAAGGGUAGAUAGGAUGUGACCAAUUCUGCUCAUCAGUUCUGCAAUUAUUGGACCAGGUCGUACAUAAACAAAAUCAUUGGUACUCCAGGAACUAAAGUUGAAUUAAUGAAUCUCUAAAUUUGUUUAACAAUUUUAGUAUCAGGUUCACAUGACAGAAAUUUCCGUGCAUAUGCCAAAAGGGGCAUUCGCCCUCAAUUUUAUAAAAUUAUGUCAAUGUUAAAUUCUUAGAUUAGGUGACAUGCACUUUAAUCCAUUGUCUACCUGUAGUAUUAGUGUUUGCACAUUCUAAAAGUCCUCAUGUUUCUCAGAACUUAAUAUAAAAAAAAUCUAGCUUAUUUUUGUUUCAAAACAUAUGACUUAAAAUCAAAUCAGCAGCUUAAAAAAAAAUGCAGCUCCAAAAACAUUUUGGUAAAUUGAAUGUUUGUAAAAUACUGUUAUUGUGAUGGGUAAAAGACUGUGCUUUAAUAAAAAGAAACACUCGAGCAUUCAUUGCGUUCAAAAUUAUUAAUUUUUUUUGGAUGCAUUCAACACAUCAGCCAUACAGAACUUCUUUAUCAGUUGAGUCAUGAAAAUGAAACUAAGUGAUUUAUGUUUCCUUGUUUUGAAUUUGUGUGACAAUGUUAUACUUAGAAGUUUUGUAUAUUUAUAAUUUGAUGAUAAUUAUUGCAAUCUGAUAACCCAGGUUUUUCACUUCAGGGUAUUCAUUUUUUUUCCACAUGUGCAGCUCAAAUAUAGUUGUAAUGUAAUGACUUUGAGAAUUAAAUGACAGAUAUAUUUUCAUGUUAUAAUUGGUAUUAGACAUUAUAGGAAGUAAGGUCAGUGAUCUGUGGCAUGAAAAAAAAAGAGACGGAAAUUUCCCCAUCCAACCAAACAUUGGUCUGGUUUCACAAUCAGUCUAGUACAGUUGUACUGGAUUUCAAGUCAGACUAUAGGGAACCAGCCUGAGGCAAGAUGGCCGCUUCAAAGCGGAAGCUUAACCUUUUGCACCACUUCCUCUAACACAAUGUGGCUUUGAUUUCU